GGGAGCGGGGCGACAGCGGAGCCCGGGGCAGCUCUCCAUCCCGCGGUAGCCAUGGCAGAGGGCUCCGAGAAGGUGCCCAUCGCCCACGCGGGGCCCGACGAUGUGGAGCUGUGCCUGCCCCCCGCGUACGCGGUGGCGGCGGCGCCCCCGGGGCCUGGGAGGCUGCUGAAGGCCGGGGCCGCGGUGCUGAUCGCCGGAGCGCUCCUGCUCUUGGCCGGAGCCAUCGGCGCCUUCUACUUCUGGAAAGCCACGGAGCGGCAGGUGUACAACGUUCACUACACUAUGAGCAUUAAUGGAAAAGUACAAGAUGGAUCAAUGGAAAUAGAUGCUGGAAAUAACUUAGAGACAUUCAAAACGGGAAGUGGGAGUGAAGAGGCUGUGGAAGUUCACGAUUUUCAGAUUGGCAUAACUGGAAUCCGCUUUGCUGAAGGAGAAAAGUGUUACAUCAAAGCUCAGCCAAAAGCUCACGUCCCCGAAGUUGAUGCUAUGACUAAAGCAAGCCUCUCAUCUGAGCUGGAAGAUGAAAUCAUGCCUGUGAGAUUUGACAAAAACUCCCUUAUCUGGGUGGCUGCAGAUGAGCCUAUCAAGCAUAACAGCUUCCUAAGCCCCAAGAUUUUAGAGCUUUGCGGGGAUCUUCCAAUUUUCUGGCUGCGACCAACAUAUCCCAAAGAUAACCAAAGGAGAGAAAUGAAGAGAAACAAGCGCCAAUCAGGAUCAAACUUUGAUGAGGAAGACUUGGAAGGUGUUGCUGAAGAACUAAACCCCAGGCCACCUACUGUGCAACUGAGUCAAGAGCUUGAUCACCAGUCUAAUGAAACCAGGCCAAUGGGACAAGAAACUGAGCAAACAUUUAAUCCAGAUAACCCAUAUAAUCAGCUGGAAGGUGAAGGGAUGGCUUUUGACCCCAUGCUGGAUCACCUGGGCGUGUGCUGCAUUGAGUGCCGGCGCAGUUACACGCAGUGCCAGAGAAUCUGCGAGCCCCUCAUGGGCUACUACCCGUGGCCCUACAACUACCAAGGCUGUCGCACCGCCUGCCGAAUCAUCAUGCCCUGCAGCUGGUGGGUUGCUCGCAUCAUGGGUGUUGUGUGAGAGAAAGCCUUGACAAAAAAAAAAAUUUAAAACAAAGUUGGGAGACUCGACAACAUAAGCAGGAAUGUAAUGACGACAAACUGGUAACAGACCACAACCAAAGCAGCAGUGCUGAUCCUGGAUUUCAAAAUCAAAGUAUGUUUUACUGCACCAGAAGCAAGGUCAGAUAUUCUAACUUCGAAUUAAAGUCUUAAGUUAAUAUUCUAUUAGGUUUACAAGUGACAAGGGUAUAUUAGCACUUGCUGAAUUAAAAAAUUGAGACAUCCCCCUUAAAAAGACAAUAUUAAACUUUGCUCACAAACUGGUUUAGCAUUCCAUAACCUUGCCCGUAAACUCAAACUCAGCCUUUAAUAACAAAAUCCUCUCUUUCCAAGCUACAUGUGAAAAUUUACGUCCAAUUAGGCAACUAGCUCAACUUGUACACUUGGGAGUGCCUUUCAUCCAUGUAGCUUAGUUAAAUAAAUCACAAGUUAAGUUGCUCCCCGUUGCUAUUCGGAGUUGCCAGGUCACUAUGAAUGGUUAUAAACCAAUUACAGCAUACCUUUCCCACAAAGCUGCUCCAGGGGACACGGGAAAGCACACAUUGUGCUAAAUCGGAAACAAACAGCAGGAAAAGGGGCUGUAGAAGGGAAUGUGCGUGGCUGCAGAAUCAAAACCCUUCACACAUCCCAACAUCAAAGAAGCCCCAGCAUCAAGAAUCUUGUAUCCAUGAUACCACCGUAGUGUCUAACAAGUAUCUGCUAUCCAGUUAGUACAGCAAGAGUAUUUACAUGCAGUUGCAGACCAAAGAGCCUCAAGACCCUUCAGAAACUACAACAGCCACUGUUAUUUAUAAAUCCUUAGAUUAGACACUUUUGACACAAGAUUACAACCCCUCUUUAUUCCACAUGGAUAGCAGCCAUUCACACUAGCUCCUUCAGCUUUGCUGAAAAUAACCUCCGUUCCCUGAAGACAAACUGCUUACCAGCAAGGAGGGAAAAAUAAAAAAAAAAAAAAAAAGGAAAAAAAAAAGGGUUUCUCACCUCACCCUUUUUGCUUUAGGCAAACUCUGCAAUUAUUGGGAUUGAUCCUAUUACAUGUUAAAUCUCCAAGGAAGGUACUAAGCCAAAACACUCAAAGAUGCAAUGGCUUAGUAUUUCUAGCCUUGAAAACCAAAGAUAGAGGUAUUAUACUGCCUUCAUCCAUACUAUACAUCUUGAACCCUACCACCGAGUUUACAGAGCCACCUAGAUGGUCUUUCUGAACAAAAGGGUCCAAUUUUUCUUAAAGUUCACUUUCUGGAGCAUUCACUUUUUUGACUAAACAGCUCUUGAGAUGUUGCAAGCCCAGUAAUGUUAUUAACACUGCGUGACACACAGAAAAGAGGAAUUAAUUUGACAUAAUCAUGGCUUAAAGAAAAUAAAGGCAACCUCAUGUGAAAUGCUAAACUGCAUAUCUAAAAAGCAAAAUGUUAAAAGAGAAUAAGAUGAGACUAGAAUUCAGUAUUUUGCUCUAUUGUAGCUUUUUUAAUGUAAGCUUCACCUUCCCUUAAUCUGAAGGACAGAUGCGCUUUGAAAUAUUUAAAUUAUAAACUUCUUAAAAGUGGGAUUUCAAGGCCUGUUAAAUUUGAGUUUCUCCUUUAUAAACUAAAAAUGACCUUGAUCAUUAUGUUGUUUUAGCAGUACGUCAUUCAUAUGCUUAGAAAAGUCGGUUUUCCUUUUUUUUUUUUA